GCCCUGUCUGGCCGCGCGCCGGGAAUCGCGUCGACCCGCCGCGCGCGAGCUCCUACUAGUUCUCGGGCCACAUCUUCUUCCUCGCCCAACCAUUCCGUCCAACAGCCGCCAGCUGCCGGCCAUUGCCCCUCCGCUCUCCAACCUUCGCCGCCUCGAUCGUCCGCGCCUCCCUUCGCCUCGGAGAGGGAUCAGUUCAAACCUGCCGCGUACGGAGACAGAGCUGCGGAUCCACCGUGGUUGUCGCCGCUUCUCAGAUUAAGGUUUCAGGCCCGGCCCGCACGCGCGCCUAGCUAGACUUGACGAUGUGGUGCUGCAGCGGCGCGGAGGAGGAGCCCCUCGCCGCCCCGCCGGCCGGCUACCCGGCCGCCACGCCGCCGCGAGCACCAGCCCAGCCGAGAGGGCCGAACAUGCCUCGGGCCGGCGGCGGCGCGUCCGCGGCGGCCAAGGUGCUGCCCAUCGACGUCCCGGCGUUCCCGCUGGCGGAGCUGAACCGCCUCACGGGCAACUUCGGGGACAGGGCGCUGGUCGGGGAAGGCUCCUACGGCCGCGUCUACCGCGCCAAGCUCGGCUCCGGGGAGCUGGUCGCCGUCAAGAUGUUCGACAACGGCAGCUCCUCCGGCCAGUCGGAGGCCGAGUUCUGCGAGCAGCUGUCCGUGGUGUCCCGGCUCAAGUGCGAGCACUUCACCCAGCUGCUGGGCUACUGCCUGGAGCUCAACAACCGGAUCGUGCUCUACCAGUUCGCCACCAUGGGCUCCCUCUACGACAUACUCCACGGGAAGAAGGGGGUGCAGGGCGCGGAGCCCGGGCCGGUGCUGACGUGGAGCCAGCGCGCCCGGAUCGCGUACGGCGCGGCGCGGGGCCUGGAGCACCUCCACGAGAAGGCGCGGCCGCCCAUCGUGCACCGCGACGUGCGCUCCAGCAACGUGCUGGUCUUCGACGGCCACGACGCCAAGAUCGGCGACUUCAACCUCACCAACCAGUCCCCGGACUCCGCCGCGCGCCUGCACUCCACCAAGGUGCUCGGCACGUUCGGCUACCACGCGCCCGAGUACGCCAUGACGGGCCAGCUCACGCAGAAGAGCGACGUCUACAGCUUCGGCGUCGUGCUGCUGGAGCUCCUCACCGGGAGGAAGCCCGUCGACCACACCAUGCCCAAGGGGCAGCAGAGCCUCGUCACCUGGGCCACUCCAAGGCUGAGCGAGGACAAGGUGAAGCAGUGCGUGGACCCCAAGCUGAAGGACGACUACCCGCCCAAAGCCGUGGCCAAGCUCGCGGCGGUGGCAGCGCUGUGCGUCCAGUACGAGGCCGACUUCCGGCCCAACAUGACCAUCGUCGUCAAGGCCCUGCAGCCCCUCGUGAACGCCCGGCCUGCAGGUACAGGAGAUCACCAGUAGUCAGCGGCGGAGCCAGAGCUUAAACUAAGUGGGUUCAUUUUCUUCUUUCUUCUUUCUUCUCUCUUCUCUUUUUCUUCUUCUUCCUCUCUUCUCCUUCUUCCUCCUCUUCACUAUGCCAAAAAUUUCUUAAGGGGGGUUGUGGGGGCUCCCCACGCUGGCUCCGCCUCUGCCAGUAGCUAGAUAGAGAAAGUGGUUUCUCAAAAAAAAAAGAGAAAGUGGCUGUCGGAUAUUGUAAUCGAGCAAGUUUUUAAAUUUUUUGUAAUCCGUUCGUGUUUA